UUUAUCGUCAGUUCCAUUUCUGUUUUAGGAAAGACAAAUUCGUUUGGUUUCCAAUUUUCUAUUAUUUUUUUUUACAAUUUUUUUUGCCGUAGUUAGUUUUUAAUUGUUUUUUUACUUGACCGACGAGGAGAUAGGAUGAAGGAAAUGGGUCUAUCGGCACCGGCCGGCGUUUUGCUGGCAAAUCUGAAGCCAUGGGAGUCCAUCGACUGGCCGGCGGAGCAGCAGCGCUGGAUCCACCGCAGCUGGGGUCAGUACUUUGCGCGGAUGCGUAAGAACAGCGUCGCCGAGCAGUAUUUCGACAAGUGCAUCAAGGAGCACGAGGGCAUCGAUCACAAGGCAUUGUAUCUGCGCAGCAAGUUCCAGAGGUCGGUGGCCUUGACGGAAUUCGCCUUGGAGGACAGUUUAAAGGCUGUGGAUGCGAAGGCGGCGUGGAAUGCGAACAUAUCCAUGGAGCUGGCCGAUGCCCUGUACGAUCUGAAUCGAUUCGAGGACAACAAGAGUCUGCUGCACGACAAUGUCCGGCGGCAUGCGGGCACCGCGUUGAGGGGCUUCGAAAAUCGCCUCCGUGUUGUCGACGAGAAUCUGAAGGAUUGCACCGGCUACAGUAUGGCGAACUUCUUCAUGGAGAACUCGACACAGUUGCCGGGAUUCUACGAGUACAAGCAGCAGCAGCAGCGCAAGGCUGACAAGCGACCGCUGUGGAAGAUCCUCAAGGAGCAAAAGCAGUGCGAUGUCCAGAGCAUUAUCGAUCGCAAGGAGGUGAUCCUCUCGCCGCUGGAAAUCGAACGCCGGCGUCGCAAGACCAAGAUCUACUAUCAAAACUAUUUGGGUCGCAACUGGACGGAUUUCAUCUUUCUGAAAACGCUUCGCCGCAAUCCCAAUUGUCUGCUCGACAAUAAUUUCGGCUCCUCGCCAGCGCGAACCGAGCAUCUGGAGAGUUCGUUUAAGCGGCUAAAGACCUUCACCCGAAUGCUUCAGGCAAGGAGUCCCAUGUACAAUGAGUACUACCAGCGGAGUCCACGAAUGGAGUUUUGCAUGCGGGAGGCGAAUCUGUUCAGGAUUCAGUACCAGACCAGGCGCAACAUGUUCAGUAUCCUUCGCACCAUUCAGGUGCUGAGGAAAAAGAAGGACAUCAAGCGUCUUCGCAAGUUCGUGGAGGACGUGAUGGGCAACUACGUGGUGAUCAAGACGAACCGCCUGAUGCCCUGGAAGACGGAGUUCAUGAACGAGGUGUACAACAACUUGGCGUUGAGCCUGUGCGAACAAUACCGCCUCCCAUCCACGCGGGUGACCCCAUACGACAAGAGUGCCAUGUGCCAGCUGCUCAAUAUACCGAUUGCCAAGCCACUGGAGCACACGGAAUUCAUCUUCGGGGACCGAUCCACCUACUCCACCUAUGCGGGUCCCGAAAGACAGACCACCGAUCGCCUGGCGGAUCAAAACUACAUUGAUUACUUGGAGAAGAGGCUAGUGUUCGCCCGACUGCCGAUUGAAAGGAGCUACUUGCUCCACGAACUCGCCGAUCGACACAUGCUGAAGAACCACUUCAUCCAGAGCCUGUCGUAUGCCCAGAAAUCCGUGGACGAGGCGCGGGGAUGCAAUAGCCGGAUCUGGGAGUUCCUCAGCACCAUGCUGAUGGCCAAGUCCCAUGCGGUGCUGCAUAAGUACGAGCGGCAAACGGAGGUGCUCAAUUCCGCCUACGCGUUGGCCACCGAACUCAAGUCGCCGCCACUCUGCACCUUCAUCGAGUUGUGCCGCAUGCUGAACAAGGAUUACCUCACGCUCCGCAAAAUGUCACAAUUGGUGACCAACAAGCGACUGCGCACGAAAAUCUCCAAUAGGUCUAGUUUUUUCACCUCACCGAACUUUUCGCCAAAUUUCUCGGAAAUGAAGAAGAACGAGAAUGAUCUUUUGGUUUCCUAAUUCGGCGGAUCGGAUGUCAAACCAGGAUUUCAAUCACUGUUUUUCAUUCGAUCUGUCGGCUUCGAUAACCCAAAAAAGCAGUCUCAUUCAAAUUAAAAAAAAACAAAAUAAGUAAAUAAAUUAAAAAAAAAUACACAAAAUCGUAAAAAUAUAUAAAGAGUAAAUGUAACAAAUUAUAAUAAUACAUUAAGAAUUAGAUCUUAGAUAUCCUAGAUAAGAUAGAAGCAUUCAGAAAACCUUAAAAUUGUACAAAUAAACACAUUUUUAUUACAACUAAAA